UUGUAAUUCCAGAACUCCCACAAGAAAAUGUUUGUAAGGUGGAGGAGGACGGGGUUUUCAGUGACCAGCACCUGCAUAAUCUGGAGAGGAGCUGCAGCCCGGACCAGGAGGAACCAGGGCAUCCACAGACUACAGAACUGGAGGAAGACUCCAGCGGUCAGGAGAUGAAGCACGAGGACGUAGAGGUGGAUGUCUCAUUGGUCAAUGUCGCUGAUGUGAAAGUUGAAAAUGGUGAACCAGGACCAAACUGUGGCCAGCUGUUGUUGCACACUUCUCCUGAAGCUCAAAACAAAGAUGAGGAAGGGACUGAAAGUUUACGCUCAGACUCCAGUAAAACUGCAGAUCCGCAGCCAAUGAGACGACACGGCGACCACGAAGAUGCUGCUGUCCCGUCAGACAGCAACUGUAAAUCAAAGCUGACCAGGACCCACACGGGAAAGAAGGCGUUUUCUUGCAGCACUUGCAGGAAAGAGUUCAGUAAAAGUAGUAUUUUAAUGGAUCACAUGAAGAUCCACACUGGCGAAAGGCCAUACUUGUGCAACACCUGCGGAAAAUCGUUUACUAAAUCAUCAGAUCUUAAACGCCACAUGACCACACACACGGGCGAGAAGCCCUACAUCUGCAAAACAUGUGGAAAAAGUUACAGGCAAAAUUCCAACCUGGUGGUUCACUCGAGGACCCACACUGGCGAAAGGCAACACCUGUGCAACACUUGCGGAAAAACCUUUACUCAAUCAUCACUUCUUAAACGCCACAUAACCACGCACACGGGCGAGAAGCCCUACAUCUGCAAAACAUGUGGAAAAAGUUACAGGCAAAAUUCCAACCUGGUGAUUCACUCGAGGACCCACACUGGCGAAAGGCCGUACCUGUGCAACACCUGCAGCAAAACCUUUACUAAUUUAUCAGAUCUUAAACGCCACAUAACCACGCACACGGGCGAGAAGCUCUACGUCUGCAAAACAUGUGGAAAAAGUUACAGGCAAAAUUCAAACCUGGUGGCUCACUCGAGAAUCCACACCGGUGAAAGGCUGUUCGUGUGCAACACCUGCGGAAAAACCUUUACUCAAUCAUCAAAUCUUAAAAGCCACAUAAUUACGCACACGGGCGAGAAGCCCUACAUCUGCAAAACAUGUGGAAAAAGUUACAAAGAUUGUUCCAACCUGGUGAUUCACUCGAGGACCCACACCGGUGAAAGGCCGUUCGUGUGCAACACCUGCGGAAAAACCUUUAUUAAAUCAUCACAUCUUAAAAGCCACAUAUCCACACACACGGGCGAGAAGCGAUUUUUGUGCAAGACGUGCAACAUAGGUUUUAGCCGCAGAAUUGAUUUGCUGAGUCACAUGAAAAAUCACCCAGAGGAGGAGAAGCCACAAGAAAAUGUUUGUAAGGUGGAGGAGGACGGGGUUUUCAGUGACCAGCACCUGGAUAACCUGGAGAGGAGCUGCAGCCCGGACCAGGAGGAACCAGGGCAUCCACAGACUACAGAACUGGAGGAAGACUCCAGCGGUCAGGAGAUGAAGCACGAGGACGUAGAGGUGGAUGUCUCAUUGGUCAAUGUCGCUGAUGUGAAAGUUGAAAAUGGUGAACCAGGACCAAACUGUGUCCAGCUGCUGUUGCACACUUCUCCUGAAGCUCAAAACAAAGAUGAGGAAGGAACUGAAAGUUUACGCUCAGACUCCAGUAAAACUGCAGAUCCGGAGCCAAUGAGACGACACGGUGACCACGAAGAUGCUGCUGUCCCGUCAGACAGCAACUGUAAAUCAAAGCUGACCAGGACCCACACGGGGAAGAAGGUAUUUUCUUGCAGCACUUGCAGGAAAGAGUUCAGUAAAAGUAGUAUUUUAAUGGAUCACAUGAAGAUCCACACUGGCAAAAGGCAGUACCUGUGCAACACCUGCGGAAAAUCGUUUAGAAAGUCAUCAACGUUCAAGAAGCAUAAAAUUAUCCACACGGGCGAGAAGCCCUACAUCUGCAAAACAUGUGGAAAAAGUUACACAGAACAUUCCACCCUGAUUAUUCACUCGAGGACCCACACUGGUGAAAGGCCGUACCUGUGCAACACCUGCGGAAAAACCUUUACUAAAUCAUCAAAUCUUAAACGCCACAUAACCACGCACACGGGCGAGAAGCCCUAUAUCUGCAAAACAUGUGGAAAAAGUUACAGGCUACAUUCCACCCUGCUGACUCACUCAAGGACCCACACUGGCGAAAGGCCGUACCUUUGCAACACCUGCGGAAAAACCUUUACUACAUUAUCAGCUCUUAAACGGCACAUAACCACGCACACGGGCGAGAAGCCCUACAUCUGCAAAACAUGUGGAAAAAGUUACAGGCAAGUUUCCCACCUGGCGGUUCACUCGAGGAUCCACACCGGUGAAAGGCCGUACCUGUGCAACACCUGCAGGAAAACCUUUACUAAAUCAUCACAUCUUAAACGGCACAUAACCACGCACACGGGCGAGAAGCGGUAUUUGUGCAAGACGUGCAACAAAGGUUUUAGCCGCAGAUUUGAUUUGCUGAGUCACAUGAAAAAUCACCCGGAGGAGAAGUCUGGUGACUCGUGACAAAUGAAGCUCAUGUUGUCGUCCUCCGGGGGCAGCUGUCCACUCCUGUCUGACCCACAGAAGAAGAACCCGCAGAAGUCCAACCACCACCUCCUGUGGCUGAUGAGCCUAAUCCCCUCCCCACAAGGGUUGCAGGUUCAACCCGGAUUUAUGCUUCUCCGUCAACUUGACGCAGAGGGAACGAUUUGGUUGUGUACUUUUUUUAAAGUUCUGCAUUGAGGUUGUUUGAAUCCCUGUUCCUUCUUAAAAUUGUAUUAUUUGUUGCUGUUGGUAACUUGUCGUCUCCACGGUG